GGACCAUCUGGAGCAUCGGGUAGGCUGUCUCCGCACGCUCCGCCCCCACCCCUCCCGCAUACGGGGGCGUGGUCAGCGAGGGGCGUGGCCAAAGAGGAGGCCGUUCUGCUGGGAAAGAUUUAAAGGGCGAGUUUGUUAUUUCAGAAUGAUAACACACAAGGACCCGAAAAACCAAGAGCGACAACUCGACCCGUCUUACUCUAAGGAAGCUACCUGGCUGCAGACAGACUCUGAUCUCCCGCUUCUCUACAGACCAUCUUAGCAUAUCACCAAACCCAGGAAACCCCUUUUGAGUGAUGGAUGUGCGGGAGCUCAGAGGACAGAGAAGGGCAUGAAGGCGGAGCCCUAUGGAGAGCCCAACAGUGCAGCCGUACGUUGAUGUGGACAAGGGGUUUGCCAUUGGGUUUGUCAUCCUGAUGUGCUUCUUCCUGAUGGCCAUGAUUGUGAGGUGCGCCAAGCUUAUCGUGGACCCGUACAGCGCCAUCCCCACCUCCACGUGGGAGGAGGAGCAGAUCAAUUGACUGGCAAUAAAGA